UGAAAGGAUGGGCAGGAGGCAAUCAAAGCUGUCAACAGGACAUCAAAGGUCAGCACUGGACCGAUGACGAUUCUGAUGGUGACAAUGACUCUGAUGAAUUCUUGUAUGGCGUGCAGAUACAUGAGAUGGCCCAGUCAGAAAUAUCAACCCAACAGGGUAGCUGUGCAGCUGAUCUAUACCGACACCCACAGCUUGAUGCAGACAUUGAAGCGGUGAAGGAAAUUUAUGGAGAAAAUUCUGUCUCUGUCAGGGAAUAUGGGACGAUUGAUGAUGUGGAUGUGGACCUGCACAUUAAUAUGAGUUUUCUCGAUGAGGAGAUCGCAACAGCUUGGAAGGUGGCGAGGAUAGAGCCCAUUGUACUCAGGCUGAGGUUUUCUCUAUCUCAGUACCUGGAUGGACCUGAGCCAUCAGUAGAUGUUUUCCAGCCAUCCAACAAGGAGGGAUUUGGCUUAGGAUUACAGCUGAAGAAAAUUCUGGGAAUGUUUACCUCUCAGCAGUGGAAGCACCUGAGCAAUGAUUUCCUGAAGCGCCAGCAGGAGAAGAGGCAGAGCUGGUUCAAAUCGAGUGGCACUGUGAAGAAAUUCCGAUCUGGGCUCAGCAUCUUCUCACCAAUCCCAAAAUCUCCAAGUUUUCCCCUCAUUCAGGACUCCAUGUUAAAGAGCAAACUCGGGGUGCCAGAUCUCCGAGUCAAUCGCAUCAUUAAUCGCUCCAUUUCCUGCACUAUGAAAACUCCCAAACCAGAACUCUUUGGGUACCCCUCUGCCAAUCAGGCUGGGAGCCACUGUAAGAACAUUCCAACGUUAGAAUAUGGCUUUCUCGUACAGACCAUGAAGUAUGCAGAGCAAAGGAUCCCCACUCUGAAUGAAUACUGUGUUGUGUGUGACGAACAGCAUGUAUUCCAGAAUGGAUCAAUGUUAAAGCCUGCUGUAUGCACCCGGGAGCUAUGUGUCUUCUCAUUCUAUACACUGGGGGUGAUGUCAGGAGCAGCAGAAGAGGUUGCCACUGGGGCUGAGGUGGUGGACCUGUUGGUUGCAAUGUGUCGAGCUGCUUUGGAGUCUCCAAGGAAAAGCAUUAUAUUUGAGCCUUACCCUUCUGUCGUGGACCCAAGUGAUCCUAAAACUCUGGCAUUCAACCCCAAGAAGAAGAACUAUGAGAGACUACAGAAAGCCCUGGAUAGUGUAAUGUCCAUCAGAGAAAUGACGCAGGGAUCAUACCUGGAAAUCAAAAAACAAAUGGACAAGUUGGACCCUCUGGCUCACCCAUUGCUGCAAUGGAUUAUUUCGAGCAACAGGUCACACAUUGUGAAACUACCACUGAGCAGACAGUUGAAAUUCAUGCACACGUCGCAUCAGUUCCUCCUACUGAGCAGCCCCCCAGCCAAGGAAGCUCGUUUCCGCACAGCUAAGAAGCUCUACGGCAGCACCUUCGCUUUCCAUGGCUCACACAUUGAGAACUGGCAUUCUAUUCUGAGAAAUGGCCUAGUUAAUGCAUCUUAUACAAAAUUGCAACUGCACGGUGCAGCCUAUGGCAAAGGAAUCUAUCUCAGCCCAAUCUCCAGCAUUUCUUUUGGAUACUCAGGAAUGGGCAAAGGACAGCAUCGCAUGCCAUCAAAGGAUGAACUGGUCCUCCGCUACAACCGGAUGAACACGAUUCCCCAGACGAGACCCAUUCAGUCCAGAUUCCUACAGAGUCGAAACCUGAACUGUAUAGCACUUUGUGAAGUUAUAACUUCAAAAGAUCUCCAGAAACAUGGGAACAUCUGGGUCUGUCCUGUGUCCGAUCAUGUCUGCACUCGCUUCUUUUUUGUGUAUGAAGAUGGGCAAGUUGGCGAUGCCAACAUCAAUACUCAGGAUCCCAAAAUCCAGAAGGAAAUUAUGCGUGUGAUUGGCACUCAGGUUUACACAAGCUGAGUCCCAGAGGGAUGCUUA